AUGGGUUUCGACUCAGAUUAUCUCCCACCAUGGGGCUUUCUCCCUCAUCCACCCGUUGACUUAAAUUGUUCCUCUUACAUCAAGAGACACUGGGAUCUUGCAGCAGUCGAGACACCAGACCAGCAGCGCCUUCAACUUAUCUAUCAAUUUCUUGAACUGGAUGAAAUCCUCCGUGACUGGGUUCCUCUUGACCAGUUUGCAUCAAUAUCGCGCACACCUACAGUAGAGGAAAUCAAUAUAAUCCUUCGUGCUUGGCGGUCGGAUGGCCUACGUCGGAGGGCAUGGCGAAUAUUACACUCAGACAAGGGUGCACCGUUCUUUCUACGAACCUAUUAUAAUCCUCUGGACGACUCGGACGCAAGGGUGAAACAAUGGGUAAACGCGUCGGAGGAGUUUGCCGACCAAGCAUGGUGGGCCUUAUUAGAUGAUCGGAACUCAUUCAACUUUGGCUCUGACUGGCGGCGUAUAUACGAAAUUCUGCCCGAAGUGGCCGGUCCAGUAGAGAUCGACGAUUACAAACGAUAUGCCUCGCCCGAUCUUGUCAACACGGCUCGAGAACAGUUCAAAGCUUAUCUUGCAAAGGAGAUGAAAGACAACCCUGAUCAGUGGAAGGCGAAUCGGGAUCACUUUAUUGAGGUAGUUGCUGCAGAUCUUCUCCGCACAGUGGCGGCUAUGUACAUGCUUAUUGCAGACCAGGAGGCAUUUGAUACCGGCCUAUUACGGCUGGUCUACCUGGAUGGUACUAUAGGAGAUAGAUACCGUGUUACAGGUGAUCUAGGAAAAGAUAUAUAUUGCCUCACUGAGGCUGAUCUGGUGGAUCCAUGA